AUGGUACAACUAAAGCAAGUGUCCAUACGGCUGAAGUCGAUCAAGAAUAUUCAGAAAAUUACCAAGACUAUGAAAAUGGUGUCAGCCAGCAAAUUCACGAAAGCAGAGCGCGACCUGCAAGCAGCGCGACCGUUCGGGUAUGCUCCUCGUAAAUUCUAUGAAAUGUCGCAACUAGUGCUGGGUAAGGUGGACGAUGAGGAUAAGGAUAAAAAGAAGAAGAAAGCAGCAGCCCCACCACCACCCACCACGGUUGAACAGAAGCCUGUCGAUAAAGAGAAGGAGAAGAAAAUGAAAAGGAUUUACAUUGCCAUGACAUCUGAUCGAGGUCUCUGCGGUGGUGUGCACAGUGGCGUAGCUCGCCGCAUCAAGCGUGACUUCACGGAACGCCUGGCAGAUGGCGCUAAUCACAAGCUCGUGUGUGUUGGUGACAAGGCCCGCCUUAUACUGCGCCGCGUCUAUGCUCCUCAUAUGCUCCUUAACGUCAAAGAUGUGGGCAGGUUGGCGCCUGGUUUUGCAGACGCGUCGCUCCUGGCCGCUGUGAUCACGGAGGCGGGGUACAGUUACGACAUCGGCGAGAUAUACUACAACAAGUACUACACGCCUGUCAAGUACGAACUCAACGUUAUUCCAGUCUUCACCAAGGCUGCAAUUGAGAAUGCUCCCAACAUGAUGGCCUUCGAUGACGUUGACGAAGACGCUCUAGAGUGCUACGCAGAAUGGACACUAGCGGCGCUCCUGUAUUACGCGCUGAAGGAGGGAGCAGCCUCCGAGCAGUCUGCACGUAUGGCGGCCAUGGACAACGCCACCAAGAACGCAGCCGAAAUGAUCAAGAAGCUAACCCUGCUCUUCAACAGGACCCGGCAAGCCGUCAUCACUAGAGAACUCAUUGAAAUCAUAUCGGGAGCCGCGGCACUCAAGUGAAAUAUUUUCUAUGUUAUUUAUUUUUGUGUUAAUGCUAUUUUAUUGAAUGUUACAUAUUUUUAAUUUAGUGCACUUGAUGCGUUAUUAUAAUGUU